UACGUAUAUUUACUUUUUAUUAUUUUUUGUUUUUGGUAACAAUAUCAUGUAUCAUCUUUCGGAAAAGAAGUAUUGCGCUAAUAUGGACGUUCCAUGGAGCCUUAAAUAGUUCAUUUUAUUAGUAUAGAUUUCUAAUGGGAACCGGUUAUUCUACUAAUUUGAAUAAUUUGGUUUGUUAUCGGUUAUCGAGUCUUGACCGGUUUAACAAAUAGGUAUUCAGACAAACCGUUAAGCGACCGGUUUCAAAAACAAGACAGAGAGCUAAACCUAAAGUUGAACUCUUUAUAACGCCGCUUCUCUUCUACACUGUCUGAAUGAAUACUCAAACAAACAUGGCAACCACAGAGGUAAAACCCUCCUCCUCUAAAAACCCUAAGAAAGCUCGGAAUCCAUCACUUGCUCCGAAGAAAGAUUUGAAGAAGAAUAAGAAGAAGACUAAAGCUCCCGCCUUUGAUGAAACCGUCGAAAGAAACGACGGCGAGGAACAACAACCAGCAUCUGGUUCUGAGCAGCUAAGCUUCUUCUUAAAGCAGCUCGAAUCCGCCGUUGGAGUUAGAGUCUCUGCUUUAGAGCUCGAUCCCAUUAAAGACAAGUGUGUGGUUGAGUUAUCUGAAAAGUUGGAUCAGAAUGUUAGCAACUUGGGAGAGCAUAUAAAGAUGUGUUGUGGGUCUUCGUGGAGAGAGACUCUUUGUGAAGGAGAGGUUGUUGAAGGGAAGGUCGAUCCGGGAAGCCCAGCUGUUCUCGUUGUUAGCUCCUCUGCUUUGAGAUCUUUGGAACUUAUAAGGGGUUUGCAUUCACUUACUAAGCAAUGUCCAGCGUUGAAGCUCUUCUCAAAGCAUUUGAAGGUUGAGGAACAGGUGUCUCUGUUGAAAAAACGGGUUAAUAUUGGGAGCGGCACACCGAGUAGAAUCAAAAAGCUGAUCGACAUAGAGGCAUUAGGGCUUUCACGUUUAGAUAUGAUUGUGCUUGACAUGCACGCAGAUGUGAAGGGAUUUUCCUUAUUCACAUUGCCCCAAGUCAGAGAUGAGUUUUGGGAUUUGUAUAAGACAUGCUUCCACCAGAGAGUCCUAGAAGGAAGUCUGCGUAUCUGUCUGUAUGGUCCAAUGCCAGCAGCUCCAAAGCUUAGGAACAAUAAGAAACAGAGACAAAACCAGGAUUGAGCUAUAGCAGAUUCUACUCAAAUUUUGAUAUAUUUAGCUCUAGUUUUGCUAUGUUUGAUUUGUUUCUUUACUAUAGAGAGAGUGAGUGAAUCUUUUGUUAAUUAGUGUUCUUUUAACAACAGCUUGUGAGAAAUACAGUGUUCUGUUAAUUAGUGUUCUUUUUGCAUAAAGUAAGAUUCACUGAAAAGAGGAUCAAUAGAAAAACACUAUCCAGAUUAACAGUGUGUAUAUUUUAUACUC